AUGAAUGAAAUACAAGUGAGAAAGGAGCUGGUGCACACUCUAGAAGAAUGGGGAGUCAAUGAUCUGAGCAAAAAACAUCACGCUGACUUCAGAAGCCGUGUUCUCCGGGAGGGGGUGGCCCAGUUCCGAAAGACGAGUCGCUCUGCUACAUUUGAGCACCUUCGACACGAGAGAUUUCCAAAAGACUACGAAGAAGCCAUUCGACACUUCAUGACGUGCGAACUUGAGAGUGCAGAAGAGAUUUUCCGAUACUCCUGCAUUGAUCGGCUUGAUGACGUAUACGACGUACCUUCCUUCGCUCCUUAUUUUCGUGUCUACUCUCGAUCAGAUCCGACCAAAGUUUUCGGUUAUAGGAUAAGGCCAGCCUUCAGCAGUAUCCCAAAAAGCCGUUUGGACCCUUUCGUACGAUUCCGGUUUCGCUUCAGCGGGCUCAAAGUCUCGGAAUCAAUCUGGCAGCAUUGGUUCCUGGGCUCGGACGCUGCUGCUUUGGGAAUGAUCUUUGAAGCCAUCCUGGCAUCUCAUGCCAUUCACAAUGAAGCCUGCUUUGAAUGUAAAUCACGAAACAGUUUGCGUUGGAACGGUGGCUGGGAGAGUUCUUGGAUGGACCUGGUUUGCACAUUUUGUAAUUCCACGUGCGAAAUCAAGACCAAAGCAUCCAUGGAGAAGUGCGAGACCGUAUUUGAGCACAGCAAUCUUCGAGGUGGACUUUACGCUAACUAUUGGAAGCACCGAAAUGCCAUACGAGAUAAGCAUCAAAAGAUGUUUCUCGUGAUACUUCCGCGAGAAUGGACUCUGGGUCGUAAUGGCAAGCGCAUUCGACCAGUUUCGUGCGUGGAGAUUGACUCUGUGUCGCCAGAGUUGGUACCUUCUUGUUUCCUUCCAGAGCAACUCCCUCCUGGCCUCAACCCGAAACAACGAGAACAGUACGAGAACCUCAGCAUCAGAGGGCGUGUCGUGCUAAAAGCGAGCACCAAAGCGAAAUGGUUUGACCUGGAGAAGUGGGAACCUCCCAUUGACUAUGGAAUCAUAAUGGAGGAACUGUUCAUUGCACGAUACUCUCGGAAAGAGUUUGAUAGAAUCGAAACAAUGUUUUGUGGCAGUGAAGACGAGGACGAAAGUGGCGACUGCAUAGUCAACGAUCAAACUCAAACGCAGGAACAGCCCGAGUCAACAGUGAGCCAGAAGGAAGCACUACUUGAGAAACUGAAGGAUGCUGAAAGUGUUGAAAACUGGGAAGACCGCAGCGAUUGUUCUGUAUAA